AUGGGAUUAAAUUAUCUUCGCAAAAUAGAUACCUUCGGAGUUCCAAUAGACCUCUGUUUUGAAAAAAAGAAAGUUCAUAAAACUCCUUGGGGUGGAUUUUGGACGUUGAUAAUAUUUUUGUUUUCUCUAGCUAUGUUUACUAUACUUGGUAUGGAGAUACUUCUGAGGCAAAACCCGAGCAUCAUUACUAUUGAAUAGCUUGAGAGAAAUCCUUCCUUCGACGGGAGUUAUAAUGAUAGUAGUAUUUUAGACUAGAGAUCUACCUACAAGUCUUCUGAUAUUGUGUUUGCUCUGGGAGCGCUCGAUAAAAAUCUUUAGUUAAUUUAAAAUUGGUCUGAUUCUUUCGAAGUAACAGGCUAAAUAGUAGAUUAAAGAGAUUUUAAAAUAGUAAAUUAAAUAUAGCUAUCAAGCUUUUAAAGCUGCAAUUAAAUUGAAUUUAUGCAAAAUUCUAACAACUAAAAGUUAUUUGGCUAGUUUGAUCUAUCAAAUAUGUUAUGUAUGCAAAAUGAUGAUAUCUUAAACUACUACUUGACAGGAGAGAACGGCUCAUAAAUUUAUAGUUUUAUUAAUAUUUAAAUUACUUUUAAAUUACCUUUAGAUGCAAACCUUAUGCAACAGCUACAAUACAUUGGUCUAUUCUUUACAGAUCAAAUAAUGGAUGUAUAAAAUUUCUCAAACACUCUAACUAAAUAUCGUAAAAAUAUCCUAUAAAAAGUUGACCUAAGUUCCUAGUACAAAAUACUAUUAAGAAAUUAGUAUGGAUAGAUAAUGACUGAUUCAGGUUUGAUGUGGACAGAUUAUCAAAAGUUAAAUUUUUUUUCUUUUAAAAGCUACUCAGUAAGUAAUAACAAAGCAACAGGAAAUACUCUCUUGGAAAUUCAAACUGAAACAGACCCAAAACUUUUAAUUUAUCAAAGAAAAUACAUGAAGGUUACAGAGCUAAUGGCCACCAUCGGAGGUUUUAUAAAAGCUUUACUCAUAGCUGGGUUUUUGCUAGCCAACCCUAUUUCAAAAUUGUCUUUGAAAACAGAGCUAGUCAACCGUCUGUUCAAUUUCGAAGGGAUAGAUGAAUAAGAUAAGGAAUAAAUUUAAGGAGACAUAUAAAAUGAAGAAAUAAAGCUUUCGAAGGGAUUUAGUAAACAGGAAAUGAGAAAUAACAAGCUUAAUACUAAUGAUAAUUAGAUUUAGUUAAACUUUAUGAGGAAUAAUUCAAGGUAAUUUACUCAGAUUAAUACUAAAAAUAAUCUGAAAGAUGGACCUCCCGUAACGUACACGGAAAGUUUGAAUACUACAGCGGUUCAACCUAUUUUAACUACAAAUUUUAGUAAUUUGAAUAAUCAUCCAUAAAUUUUCCCUACAAUAUAAAAAAAUACAAGCUAAAUUAAAAUGAAUUAGCUAAGUUUACUGAAAAUUGCAAGAAGAAAAAAUCAAAGCAUGAAUGAUAUAUCUGCAAAUGGGUUACCUAGUCGAAAGAGUUUUUCACCAAUGCAUACCUAAAAUCAAUUAAGUUUGUAAAAGGAUAAGGUGAAACUUGUUAGGACAAUGCUGAAGAGUUUUGUUAGUCAGCAUUCCAUGAAACCAGAAGAUUGUAUGAAGGCGAGUACUAUGCUUGGUGCUCACAAAAAAGAAGAUCCAGAUGCUGUCUUUAAAAAACUGUUUAAAUCUAACGAGAAAACUCUAAGUAUGAAAUUAUGGGAUUACAUUAAAUAUUUUCUAGGUUUAAAAAAUGAGGUAAAAAAUAAAUAAAUAAAAUUUUCAAUGAGAAAAGUGAAUGAAAGAUUGGAUAUAGUUUUUAUCAUGAAGAAAUUAAUAGAAGUUGAUAAGCUAAAAAUGCUAUUUCUCAAUGAAAAUUAAAGGAAAAUAUUUGAGUAUCUACCAAGACCUAUUGUCAGAUUAGACCCUGAGCAGCAAUAGGAAGAAUGUGAGAAAUACACUUUAAAUUAGGCAUGGGCACGUUAAAUGUUUUUCAACGAUAAAAACUAUAUCAGCAAAGCAUCAGAAGCAAUGCUUGCUUAUUAGUAAAUUAUUUAGAAAGGGAAAGAAUUAGAUCCUCUAGAUUAGAAGUUGAUAGAAAUGCUAGACGAAUCGAAGAAAAUCUACUUUUAAUAAGAUUCUCCAACUUACUCUCCUACUGGACAUAUGAAAAGAAGUCAUUUGUCAGUAAUAAAUAGUAUUAAUCACUCUCCUAAAAAGAAGUAAGACAACAACAUGUUUUUGAAUGGAUUGUAAAAUAUAUCACCAGCUGAAAGUAUCGAAUUAAAUGAAAAUGACAUUUAAGAAAUAAAAAUAUAAGAAAUCUAAAACUAAUACUCUAACUCACCUAAAAAAUAAAUGUCUUACCAAAAUCCAGAUCAACUUCUUCAUAUGUAUGAUAACACAAGGCGUUUCAACAGAAAAAAUACACAACAUUUUAUGAAAUAGAGAACUCUUUAGUUUGGGGAUUUGAAUCAGGAUUUUGAAAAUUCAACUUCAAAUCAAGUUUACAAAUAUCCUUCCCAUAUCUAAGAAAAGAACAAAGAAUUUGUGCAUGAAACCUCAUAACAAGAAAAUAGAAUAUCAUAAUAAGAAAGUCGUACUUAGUAAAAUAACUAACAGCAGGUACAGAAUAAUAGUUAACAAGUUACCUGUCAUUUUAUUACAUAGUAAAGUAAUUCACCAUAGCAAAAGUAGAUAAAAUAAAUUUCAUAAUAAUCUAUUUAGAAAGAUAUUCCUAAUUUGUUUCUUAUCAAUCAAAAUUCGCUUUCAAACAACAAAAUCUUAGAAAGAGUGCCUGAUUUACCUAAUAUAGAGAUAGUUUAAGAUAUAGAAGUACCAAAGAAUACUGUCAAAACUCCUAAAUAAAAACUAUUCAACUAAUUUUUCUCAAAUUAAAAUAAUUUUUCAUCUUCUGUAUCAAGCAAUAGUUAAAGUAAGAGUGAAGGAAGUAGCUGUGAUGCGGAAAUAAAUAAUGAUUAUAACAAUUGCGAGCUACCUGCUGAUGAAAAAAUUCAAAAACAUGAAAUAAAAGAUAACCAUAUGCAACCAAGCAAUUAUCAAUAACAAAAUUGUUUCAGAAUGACAAUAAAUAACUUUGAGUAGCCAACUUCAGACAUUUCGCAAGUGACAUUUAUGAACGGCAAAAAAAAUUUCUUAGAAAGUAAUCAUGAAUAUGUUAAAAAUUUAGAAAAAUAAAAGAAAAAAUAAAGCAUUGAUAGGAAAAAUUCAAAUUUAAGCUUGAGAGAAUAUGAAAGCAGUAGUAAAAAAUUCAACUUAUCCAUGUAAAAAGAAGAUAUCACAGGUUUAGCUGCUUUUAGAGAAAAUUCUCUCUUAAAUAUUUCAUUAGAGCCAUUUACAAGAGCUCCUCUAAAUUGA